AAUGAUCGGCCUGGAGUUUGCACUGUGCGAGUGGGUGAAUGAGUCCGUGGACUAUUGGGGGAAAGGAGAGGAUGACUUUGGGAUGUUGACCAUUUGAAAUGGAUCUGAACGGAACGGGAACACACAAAGUGAGCCAGUCUGUUAAUGUGUCUGAAACCCGGGGAGAGUAGCCGAAAUCUGCACAGCCUACUUGUGCAGGUGGACUCAGGACAGAGACAGCAGUGAGCAUGGGAGGCGGAGGCCAGCAGACGGAGCCAGGAGAGCCGGCCGGGGGGCGAGCAGGUGGUGUUUACACCUGGGGAGAGGUGCAGAGCCACUGCAGCAGGAAUGACCAGUGGCUGGUCAUUGAUCGAAAGGUUUACAACAUCACACAGUGGGCCAAAAGGCACCCAGGAGGGUUUCGGGUCAUCCACCACUAUGCUGGAGAGGAUGCCACGGAGGCAUUCACUGCUUUUCAUCCUGAUUUAAAGUUUGUGCAAAAGUUUCUGAAGCCCCUUCUGAUUGGAGAGCUGGCAGCAACAGAGCCCAGCCAGGACCGAAACAAAAAUGCAACAAUCGUACAGGACUUCCACACUUUACGUACAAAGGUGGAGAGCAAGGGUCUGUUUCGAGCUCAGCCUUUGUUCUUCUGCCUCCACCUGGGUCACAUCCUGCUGCUGGAGGCCCUCGCCUGGCUGAUCAUCUGGCUCUGGGGAACCAGCUGGACUCUGACGUUUCUGUGCUCGAUCAUGCUGGCGACCGCUCAGUCGCAGGCCGGAUGGCUGCAGCACGACUUCGGCCACCUGUCGGUCUUCAAGAAGUCCAGCUGGAAUCACAUGUUGCACAAGUUUGUCAUCGGCCAUUUAAAGGGAGCCUCUGCCAACUGGUGGAAUCACCGGCAUUUCCAGCAUCACGCCAAACCCAACAUCUUCAGUAAGGACCCUGAUGUCAACAUGUUGAACUUCUUCGUAGUUGGAACCACUCAACCAGUGGAGUACGGCAUAAAAAAGAUCAAACGCAUGCCCUACCAUCACCAACACCAGUACUUCUUUCUUGUUGGACCGCCGCUUCUCAUUCCAGUUUACUUCCACAUUCAGAUAAUACAAACCUUGAUUUCCCGCCGCGACUGGGCGGGUCUGGUUUGGGCUCUGUCUUACUACCUUCGCUACCUGUGCUGUUAUGUACCUCUGUAUGGCCUGUUUGGCUCACUGGCGCUCAUCAGCUUCGUCAGGUUUUUGGAGAGUCACUGGUUUGUGUGGGUGACUCAGAUGAAUCAUCUGCCAAUGGACAUCGACCACGAGAAGCACCAUGACUGGCUGAGCAUGCAGUUACAAGCCACCUGUAAUAUCGAGCAGUCCCCCUUCAACGACUGGUUCAGCGGACACCUCAACUUUCAAAUCGAACACCAUUUGUUUCCCACGAUGCCGCGCCACAACUACCACCUGGUGGCCCCGCUGGUCCGGGCACUGUGUGAGAAACAUGGGAUUCCUUACCAGGUGAAAACAAUGUGGCAAGGCUUCGCUGAUAUUGUCGGGUCACUGAAGAACUCGGGGGACCUCUGGCUCGAUGCGUAUCUCCAUAAAUGACCAAUUCUAUUCUCUACACUGUACCUAUAAAGAGUGAUGUUUUUAUCUUCUUCUACAUCAUACAUUGAUUGUAUCUGUUUGGUUUUAUAAUCCAGUAGAUAGAGUGGGAAUGAUCUUUUCUUAUCGUUGGUGUUAUAGUUCAGUCUUUUCUGUGCAGGAUCUUUAGUGCUCACAGGAUUUCUCUAAAUUGCCUUACAGUAUCUUGAUCAACAGUAGUAUGGUGUUAUACAAUUGUGAAAACUGAUUGUGAGUUAUUUAAAGCGAUGUUUUUAUCUUUAUCUAUCAUGUGAUACAGUUUGAACAAUAAAACAUGACAAUUAUGCUGACAAAUGACAAGUCCUGUGUAACAGCAUUUAAAUGUUAAUAUGGACUUAAUUUAAAUUUCUUCUGUUAAAUUUUCUUCUUUACUUGCAACUCUUGUUCUGAUUGUUCAGUAUACAAUAAAGGAACUGUAGUGACUGAUUCUC